AUGAAGCUGUUGACACCAUUCAAGGCUGCCCCGUUGGUGGCAGCGUCUGUCCUUGCAAAGGCAAAUCUCCCUGCCCUUCCUGCUGAUCUGACAACGCCGUUCCAGCAGCGCCUUGCCAUCUAUGAGCCCAAUUCGGUGUCUAUCGGAUGGAAUACGUAUACCCAGCUGAACCAGUCCUGCGUGGAAUAUGGCACUUCCAGUAGCAAGUUCGACAAACGCUCCUGUGCUAAAGAGUCCACCACGUAUCCCAGCUCUCGCACAUACGAGAACGUGGUCAUCCUGGACGGCCUCACUGCCGGCAUCACGUACUACUACAAGAUCGUGUCCACCAACUCCAGCGUCGACCACUUCCUCAGCCCUCGCAGCCCAGGCGACAAGACCCCCUUCAGCAUCAACGCCGUCAUCGACCUAGGCGUCUACGGCCAAGACGGCUUCACAAUCGAAGGCGACAAGACCAAAAAGGAUGUUAUCCCAAGCAUAGACCCAUCCCUCAACCACACCACCAUCGGCCGCCUCGCCAACACAGUCGACGACUACGAAUUCAUCAUCCACCCCGGCGACUUCGCCUACGCCGACGACUGGAUCCUCACGCCCGCCAAUCUACUCGACAGCGAGCGCGCAUACCAGGCCAUCCUCGAGAACUUCUACACGCAACUCGCGCCCAUCGCCGGCCGCAAGCCCUACAUGGCCAGCCCGGGGAACCACGAGGCCGCAUGCCAGGAAAUCCCAUUCACGACGGGCCUCUGCCCAGACGGCCAGAAGAACUUCACAGACUUCAUGCACCGCUUCGGAAACACCAUGCCCGCAUCGUUUCCCUCCGUGUCGAGCAACAACACCGCCAAAGUCCUCGCGAACCAGGCGCGCGAACUCGCACAGCCACCCUUCUGGUAUUCCUUCGAGUACGGCAUGGCCCACAUCGUCAUGAUCAACACCGAGACCGAUUUCGAGGACGCACCGGAUAGCCAGGGUGGGUCGGCCGGUUUGGGAGCUGGUCCGUUCGGCGCAAAGGACCAGCAGCUGCAGUUCCUCGAGGCGGAUCUGGCCAGUGUGGAUCGGGCCGUGACGCCGUGGGUUAUUGUCGCGGGCCAUAGACCCUGGUAUACGGCUGGCUCGGGCUGCGAGCCCUGCCAGGAGGCGUUUGAGGAGAUCCUGUAUAAAUACGGGGUCGAUCUGGGUGUGUUUGGGCACGAGCAUAACUCGCAGCGGUUCCUGCCGGUUUAUAACAACAACCCUGAUCCGAAGGGGAUGCAGGAUCCCAAGGCGCCGAUGUAUAUUGUCUCUGGGGCGGCGGGGAAUAUUGAAGGGCUUUCGUCGAUCUCGAGUAAGCCGGACUUUACGCAGUUUUCGAAUGAUGAGAGUUAUGCGUAUGCGACGAUUCGGUUUGUGGAUGAGAGUCACCUUAGGAUUGUGUUUUUGGAUGUGGUUUCUGGGGAUGUUUUGGAUCAGAGUACCUUGUUUAAGAGUCAUAAACAGAGGUUUGUUCGGCAGUAG